CCACAGCGUUCAGCCUCCACCGGCCUACGCCCACCCCACGACAGCCAGCUAUAAUGUACAGCCAGCCAGGCCCGUGGCCUACCAGAACCACCCUGCCCCCCCAGACUAUGGCUACCGGCAGCCGGACCCCACGCCCCAACCCACCACCACCCCACAGACAUACCAGCUACCGGUAUACACCGAAACGGUAAGUCCCAAUUCCAUUCCUUAUCUUCCCAUUGCAUGCUGUCGUCGUGUUUUAUCUAUUAGCUAUUGCAGUGGUCGAUCACGAUCGACUGGUCGAGCAUCAAGGCAUUCCUUGUCGAUCACCAACAUUUUCUGUAGAAAAGCCAACGAUAAAGUCAUGUUUUAAAAAAAAAUCUUGGUAGAUCUCUGCUUGCUUUUUGACUGAACGUGAUCUUGACUCAGAAAAGGUUGGUGACCACUGAGCUAUUGUAUAUAAAUGCAAGUACCUGGGGAGAGUUUUAGAUCGUUGAAGUCACAUGAAUCUGUUUUGCAUACUAGUUACACUUUUCUGCCAUGCAUGUUUAUUUUGUAAAACAACCUUUCAGGAUAACUACAGUUACGGACGUCCGCCUGCAGCCACUAGUUAUGAGACUAAGCAGUACUACCAGACGAGUAUAGCUCCAGCCCAGAGGACACCAACAGAAGCUUACUACCAGACAGGUGAGUCAUUGCCAACCUUAUUCCCACGCAUAAUCACACAUAAACAGUCAUAAUGUUGAAAUGUUCUCUCUUGUCUGACAGUACAUUGUUUUGUUUUUUACUGUGUUAUACACUAUUCAUUUAAACACACUACUGUGCAAAAGAACUUGGCUGCUGAUAUACUGCAAAAGCCAGUAUAUUGAAUAUCGUUGAACUGGAGCCUGUUAAACAACACUGUGAUGGUGUCCUUCCCUUCCUUAUAGGCGUGAAGAGUGGCUACAGUCCAGUCAGCACAGUGUACAGCCAGCCGCCACCACCACAGAGGCAGGUCUCAGCUUUAAAGCCUCUGGCCCCCGCCAGCUCAGUGUCCACUAGCUACAACGUCUACCCAGUGUCCACCAGUGUACAGCAGCCUCCCAUCUCGUCUUACACCCCCUGCUCCUCCUUCAACUCCACAGCUGCCACCUCCUACUCGGGUAAGAACGAGAGCUUAUCCUCACACAGCCAAGGAUCAACCUUUGUGAAAUUCAAGCAAGCACAGCUUGCAUAUUUGUCACAGCGUAUGUUCUUAGUGUGACCCCCCCCCCCCCCCCUUCUGCUCCGUCUCAACUCUCCAUUUUUCACCUCCUCAGGCGUCAGCUACUCUACUUAUGAUUCGAGUGGCUACACUUCCACCCCCUCCUACUACCAGCCUGCUCAGCUGCCUCCUCCUCAGCCCCAGCCGCCGCCCAUGCAGCCGCCUCCCAAGCAGCUCACCAGCUCCUCCUGGAGCAACGCAGGCAGCAACAUGGUGACCGCUCCCACGGUCAACGCCUACAAGAAGCCCAUGUUCCACCAGAACAAGCUUCAGAAGCCGAAAGGGCCGCCCAAGCAGCCCCAGUUGCACUACUGUGACAUCUGCAAGAUCAGCUGUGCUGGCCCGCAGGUAGUGGUGCUUUGUGGGUGAUGCGUUAUGAGAAGGACAGAUUAUUUGUUGGCAACGGACAUAACUACUUUAGAGUCAAAUGAAUGUACAAUAUUGUAACAUACAACAGUUAAACAUGUAAUGUGCCUAAGAUUAGACGUACUGUAGCAACACAGGAUGGAAAGUGUUUAAUUUUUUUUAUUUUGUUGAAGGUUUGAUUUUGUAGGUAUGUUGAAUUAACUGUUGUUAAAUUGUUUUCUCUGCAGACAUACAGGGAGCACCUCGAGGGCCAGAAGCACAAGAAGAAGGAGGCAGCUCUGAAGUCUGGCAGCGCGGGGGGGAGCAACGGGCCCCGGGGGAUUCAGACCCAGCUACGCUGUGAACUAUGUGACAUUGCCUGCACUGGCGUAGACGCGUACGCCGCCCAUAUCCGAGGGGCCAAGCACCAGAAGGUCAGCGCAGCUGCACUGACAGGAGUAACAUCAGGCAACUAGCUAGCUAAUUGAUGCACUGUUUAGCUAGCUAAUUGAGGCACUGUUUAGCUAGCUAAUUGAUGCACUGUUUAGCUAGCUAACUGAUGCACUGUUUAGCUAGCUAACUGAUGCACUGUUUAGCUAGCUAAUUUGUCUAGAUCAGCUCUGGGAUAGUCACACAUGUUGGUGUAUCUUUAGUGGAACACUUUUAAUCUGGUAUUUAUGUGACAUCCAUUUCAUUGUUAAUUUUAUUUUAUUUAGCCAGUAUAGGCCACUCCGUAACAGUUGCCACUGUUUUCCAGGGAGUCCUAGGAUCCCACCUCGCAAUGUAUUAUGAUGUUUUAUUUAGGGCCGGAACGAUACCAGUAUUGUGGUACUUGUUAGUCACGUGGCAAGGAAACAAAACACUAAGUGGAUUAACUUCUUUAGGAGAACCGCCCUAAUGUUGGAAACAAACAUCAUUAUGUUGUCAUCCAGAGUCACAUGUAUUUAUUUUCCAAGCUAUAGCACAAUAUUUUACAUACAGCAGGUUUUUAAAGGAUCAAAGAGUUUGGUCUCCUUCGUGUUUUCAUUUUUGCCAUGGAAAAAAUAUUGCAAUACUGGUAUCGUCCAUGCCCUAGUUUUAUUUAUCUUCCUCUUAACCCUGUGUAGGUGGUGAAGCUCCACACCAAACUAGGCAAACCUAUACCUUCAACUGAGCCUGUUUUAGUGAACAAUGCUCCAAUUAUCUCAACGUCGACAGCUGGGAAGACAACCCCUAUCGUUGUUACAGCAACUGCCCCUGUAGCGCUACCCAAACCGGUGGUUGUAAACGCAGUAAAGGCCCCAGCACCUGUGAAGAAGCCAGUCACACCCAAAAUAACCAUCCUUGGUAAGUCUUCCAAGGAACAAGUGUUUAUUAGUUGGAAUUAUGAUAUCUGUGCUGACAGAUUAAACCAAUGUUUAACUUAAGCAGUCAUUUUGGACUCAAACUACAAUGCUAAAUUGCUCCAUACUAAUAUUUUGCCUUUCUCUUGACAGCCAACAAGCCGGCAACCCCUCAAGUAGCCAAGGUGAAUGAGGCCAAGCAGUCAGCAACAGCGUCUAAGAGUGAGACCACGAGUGACGAUGAGGACGGAGAUGGAGUGGGGAGGCAGGGGGACGUCCAGCCUGUGGGACAUGACUAUGUGGAGGAGGUAGGAGUUCAUUUAUUUCUAAUUUAUUUCAUUGAUUCACUAACCAUGUUGUUAAAGAUACUAAGGUUAUGGUAUGUUGUAAUGCAAGUUAUUUUUUUAUCCUCAGGUGCGUAAUGAUGAUGGGAAGGUGAUUCGCUUCCACUGUAAACUCUGUGAAUGCAGUUUCAAUGACCCCAACGCUAAAGACAUGCACUUGAAGGGGCGCAGGCACCGGCUGCAGUACAAGGUAAGAAAAUGCAUCGUAUAGCGCCAUCUUUUUGCAAGAUGUUUCUAGAGCUAGCAGCUAUGUACUACAAUGCACUUAUUGUAUUGGCGAAAUUAAUUGACUAUAACAUAGGCCUUGAACCCUGUGACCUGUUGUACAAGCGUUAUGUCAAGUCACUGCUAAACUAGCGCCACUAAAUGGCAGACUUUGUUUAGGCAGGAUGUAGACAUUGCUUGACAUGACCUGUAGCCCCUUUGUCAUUUGGUCAUCCGUUGAAUUAUGUAUACCUUGACACAUCAUAUGAUGAUUUAUUUGCAUGAUAGCUAUAGGCCUACCUCUCAGUUCGAGAGUCUGCUACUCACUCACUGGGUGUGUGAUAUGUGUGUGAAUGUAUGAAUGACAGCUCUUGACAUUGUUACUAUCCCUUCCUUCCCCUCCUGUAGAAGAAGGUGAACCCAGAGCUGCCGGUGGAGAUCAAGCCCAGUAACCGGGCCAGGAAGCUGCAGGAGGGCAAACUGAGGAAACAGAAACAGAAGGCUGUGCUGAAGAGACAGCGGGAUGAUGAGCAGCGCUGGCACUUGGAGAUGAGGUCAGAGCCAGACAGCAGCUGGCACACAGAGAUGAGGUCAGAGCCCUUGCUUAGGCACAGAUCUAGGAUCAAUCUUACCCUCCCCAAAUCCUAGCCUCAUCAAUUUGGGGUUAAGGUUUGAGCAGUGCUUAGGGUCAUUCUUCCUAUUUUUCGUGCUGAUGAUGUCAGCGGAAGGCAGAGCAGGGGAACCCCGCUGGUGGGUGCUGGGUAAACUCCCCAUGUAGUUUUGCAGCCCACGCUGUCACACUGUGGUUCAACCACAAGGGGAUUCCCCUGCCUUCCUCAUUAAUAGAGAUAUAUUGAUCUUAUUAUGCCUGUUCCCAUUUUCAUUACCUUUCCUCCUAAUACAUUAAUAGAAUGCCUGCAACAUCUCAAGUGAUGAGAACUCAAAUCAAAUGUAUUUAUAAAGCCCUUUUUACGUCAGCAGAUGUCACAAAGUGCUAUACAGAAACCCAGCCUAAAACCCCAAACAGUAAGCAAUGCAGAUGUAGAAGCACGGUGGCUAGGGAAAAACUCUUUAGAAAGGCAGGAACCUAGGAAGAAACGUAGAGAGGAACCUGGCUCUGAGGGGUGGCUGUUCCGGGUGGAGAUUAUAAGAGUACAUGGCCAUUAAGACGAGAUUGUUCUUCAAGAUGUUCAAACGUUCAUAGAUGACCAGCAGGGUCAAAUAAUAAUCACAGUGGUUGUAGAGGGUGCAACAGGUCAGUACCUCAGGAGUAAAAGUGAGUUUUAGCUUUUCAUAGCCGAGCAUUCAGAGGUUGAGACAGCAAGUGCGGUAGAGAGGGAGUCGAAAACAGCAGGUCCGGGACAAGUUAGCAUGUCCGGUCAACAGGUCAGGGUUCCAUAGCCGCAGGCAGAACAGUUGAAACUGGAGCAGCAGCACGACCAGGUGGACUGGGGACAGCCAGGAGUCAUCAGGCCAGUUAGUUCUGAGGCAUGGUCCUAGGGCUCAGGUCCUCCCGGAGGGGAGGGAGGGAGAGAGAAUUAGAGGGAACAUACUUAAAUUCACACAGGACAUCAGAUAAGACAGGAGAAUUACACCAGAUAUACCAGACUGACCCUAGCCCUCCGGUACAUAGACUAUUGCAGCAUAGGUACUGGAGGCUGAGACGGGGGGUUGGAGGACACUGUGGCCCCGUCCGACGCUACCCCUGGACAGGGCCAACCAGGCAGGAUAUAACCCCACCCACUUUGCCAAAGCACAGCCCCCACACCACUAGAGGGAUAUCAACAGACCACCAACUUACUACCCUGAGACAAGGCUGAGUAUAGCCCAUGAAGAUCUCCUCCACCACACGAGCCUGAGGGGGCGCAAACCCGGACAGGAAGAUCACGUCAGUGACUCAAACCACUCAAGUGACGCACCCCUCCUAGGGACGGCAUGGAAGAGCACUAGUAAGCCAUUAACUCAGCCCUCAUAAUAGGGUCAGAGGCAGGGGAGCCGGCCAGGCAGAGACGGCAAGGGCGGUUCGUCGCUCCAGUGCCUUGCCAUUCACCUUCGCACCCCUGGGCCAGACUACAGUAGGACCUACUGAAGAGAUGAGUCUUCAGUAAAGACUUAAAGGUCGAGACCGAGUCGGCGUCUCUCACAUGGAUAGGCAGACCGUUCCAUAAAAAUGGAGCUCUAUAGGAGAAAGCCCUGCCUCCAGCUGUUUGCUUAGACAUUCUAGGGACAAUAAGGAGGCCUGCGUCUUGUGAGCGUAAGUGUAGGUAUGUACGGCAGGACCAAAUCGGAGAGAUGGGUAGGAGCAAGCCCAUGUAAUGCUUUGUAGGUUAGCAGUAAACCCUUGAACUCAGCCCUAGCCUUAACAGGAAGCCAGUGUAGAGAGACUAGCACUGGAGGAAUAUGAUCAAAUGUUUUGGUUCUAGUCAAGAUUCUAGCAGCAGUGUUUAGAACUAACUGAACUUUAUUUAGUGCUUUAUCUGGGUAGCUGGAGAGUAGAUCAUUGCAGUAGUCUAAUCUAGAAGUGACAAAAGCAUGGAUUAGCUUUUCUGCAUCAUUUUUGGACAAUGUUUAAGAUUUUUGCGAAGAUGGAUAAAAGCUGUCCUUUAAAUAUUCUUGAUAUGUUCUUCAAAAGAGAGAUCAGGGUCCAGAGUAACGCCGAGGUCCUUCAGUUUUAUUUGAGACGACUGUACAACCAUCAAGAUUAAUUGUUAGAUCCAACAGAAGAUCUCUUUGUUUCUUGGGACCUAGAACUAGCACCUCUGUUUUGUCCGAGUUUAAAAGUAAAACAUUUUCCGCCGUCCACUUCCUUAUGUCUGAAACACAGGCUUCCAGGGUAGACAAUUUUGGGGCUUCACCAUGUUUCAUCGAAAUGUACAGCUGUGUGUCAUCCGCAUAGCAGUGAAAGUUGACAUGUGUUUCCGAAUGACAUCACCAAGAGGGAGAAUAUAUAGUGAAAACAAUAGUGGUCCUAAAACGGAACCUUGAGGAACACCGAAACGUACAAUUGAUUUGUCAGAGGACAACCAUCCACAGAGACUAACUGAUAUCUUUCCGACAGAUAAGAUCUAAACCAGGCAAGAACUUGUCUGUGUAGAAUAAUUAGGGUUUCCAAUCUCUCCAAAAGAAUGUGGUGAUCGAUGGUGUCAAAAGCAGCACUAAGGUCUAGGAGCACGAGGACAGAUGCAGAGCCUUGGUCUGACACCAUUAAAAUGUAAUUUACCACCUUCACGAGUGCAGUCUCAGUACUAUAAUGGCGUCUAAAACCAGACUGAAGCGUUUCAUAUUUGUCUUCAGGAAGGCAGUGAGUUGCUGCGCAACAGCUUUUUCAAAGAAUGUUGAGAGGAAUGGGAGAUUUGAAAUAGUCUGAAAGAGGAGUCCGUAAUUUGCUUUCUAUUGAUCAUGAUCUUUUCGUUGAAGAAGUUCUCUUGAUUUCCCCCUGCAGAAUCUUGCAAACGGCUUUCCAAAAGUCUCAAAGACGUUUCCUUAUAGCUCCUGAUCAGCAUUUUCACCUGACAGACAGGUACCUCAGCAGAAAAAUUACCCAGUCUGAAUAUUUAAUAAUCCUGUGCUGUAUUUGUGUCCUCUGCCAGCCGCUAUGAGGAGGACAUGUACUGGAGGAGGAUGGAGGAGGAGCAGUUGUACUGGGGGGAGCAGAGACACAGAAUGGCCCCCCCUCCGCUCAUGAGCCGGCCCGGCAUGCCAGUGCCCCCCCUACUGGUGAGAAUCAAUGAUUCAAUCAAUCAAUCAUUGCUUGAUUUACAUGAACUUGACCACUAGAGGAAAAACUGGUGUUUUAGCUUUUCAGUUUGUUUCCAGAAGUGGCUAGUUUUAAGAGGGAACUUGGUUUUAUUGAGCUCUUCUCCCCUUAGCAGCCUAUGCGUCGGCCGGACUCCCCAGACGACCGCCACAUCAUGGCCAAACACUCCACCAUCUACCCUGUGGAGGAGGAGCUGCAGGCGGUGCAAAGGAUCGUCUCCCACACUGAGAGAGCCCUCAAACUGGUGUCUGACUCCCUGCUGGAGAAAGAGCCUCCCGCUGCUGUGACAGAGGCUGUGACAGAGGCUGUGACAGAAGCUGAUGCUGGAGAGAAAGUGUAAGAGCUGUAUGGGUCUGUACUAGUGUUCUACAUCAUUCACACUCUCACUUCCACACACAAUGUUCUACAUCAUUCAUACUCUCACUUCCACACACAAUGUUCUACAUCAUUCAUACUCUCACUUCCACACACAAUGUUCUACAUCAUUCAUACUCUCACUUCCACACACAAUGUUUUACAUCAUUCAUACUCUCACUUCCACACACAAUGUUCUACAUCAUUCAUACUCUCACUUCCACACACAAUGUUCUACAUCAUCAAUACUCUCACUUCCACACACAAUGUUCUACAUCAUUCAUACUCUCACUUCCACACACAAUGUUCUACAUCAUUCAUACUCUCACUUCCACACACAAUGUUUUACAUCAUUCAUACUCUCACUUCCACACACAAUGUUCUACAUCAUUCAUACUCUCACUUCCACACACAAUGUUCUACAUCAUCAAUACUCUUACUUCCACACACAAUGUUCUAUACAAAACAUGUAUAUUUGAAUGUUCCGUAACGCUGAUCCCUCGUGGUGUGGGCCAUGGGCAUGUAGCCUGAUCUGUAGCUUUUUCUUUACUUAUCCCUGCUGGUCCUCUGAUCCCUGGUGUAUAGACCGGACAACCAGGCAGCCCGUAUGCUGAAGGGGGUGAUGAGGGUGGGCAUCCUGGCCAAGGGCCUGCUGCUCCAUGGGGAUAGGAACGUGGAGCUCAUUCUGCUAGCUGCCAAGAAGCCCACCCUCUCUCUGCUGAAGGACAUCGCUGAGCAGCUACCCAAAGAAAUGGCGGUAAGACCACUGUCAGCUUUCCUUUAGUGGAAUCACUGUCUUUUAGGAUCCACUUGUUUAUGAGAUGGAGGUGGGAUUUUCUACAUGCAGUUGGAUUACACACCAGAAAUAUUAAUCACAUCAACCAUUAUAAGCAACUUUUCCCCCAUCAUAUUUGUUAGGCAGUGUCACAUCGCUAUUUGGUCAAAAGAGGAAAUCUGAUAAUUUAAUGACAAACCACAACUCUUUACUUCAUGUCAUGAGGUUGUCAUCAGGGCUAAAGUAAAAUAAAUCUGCACCAAGAAUGGAGGAGGAACUUAUUGUAAGAUCACACAAUCAUUAAUGAUUAAAGGAGAGUGGAUACAGAUGGACAUCAAGGCUAUUCAAGACGAACAGUCAAGGAGAGGACCUAUACCAAACGGAUUUGGGUUAAAAAAGUACUUGUUUUCUUUCAAAUUCUUUGGCUGCGCUUGAUUGAGCAAUGAGCUUGUCUGGCACAAUGGAAACAAUGGAAUAGUACAAAAAAUAAAACCCUUGCUGAAUUUUCACAAGUGCAAAUUCUGCACAUCUGGCACUCCAAGCAGGUUCAUUAAACGUUCAAAGUAUUUGAAAGAAAACAAAUACUAUUUGAACCUAGGUCUUAUACCAAAUAAACGUGUAGAUUAAACCAUGGUGUGUGAGUGUUGCAUUUCCUUCCUCCCUCCUGAAGUUCUGGUACAAUAAGUGUUUCAUUAGGAGUGCAUUUGACUGAUCUUUAGUGCCACUGCCUGGUUAUGAGUUAUGACACCUGAACCCUACAGAGAGAGUGGGGCUAUAGUUAAAAUGUACUCCCCUAAGGUUACAUAAAGCCAUUGGGGGGGAAAAAGCAUUUGUGCCCAUUUAUUGACAAUUACUGUCAAAAAAAUAAUCUACAUUUGUCCAUUUGCACAAGGUUAUCUAAAUUGGCCCUUUUAAAAGCUAAAUGGAACUAUUGAGAAAUAAUUUGAUUAUCUGGGGAAAAAUACAUUAAUCCAGUGCCCUAUCAAACUAAUCCCCCCUCCCAGUCCAUAAAGAUAACCCCCUCCCCUCCUCUGUAGUGAGUAAUCCAGUGUCCUUUUAACCGGCAGCCAUUUUCUGAAGAUCAGUAUGAGGUGAUGUCUCACCCUGAGGAAGCCAACAUCGUGAUUUUUUCGAGCAAGGAGCCAAAAAUGCAGGUCACCAUCUCUCUAACCUCGCCACUGAUGAGGGAGGACCCUGCCCCUGAGAAGGAGGAAAAGGCAGGAGACAAAGCGGCUGAGAAAGGUUAGAGAAGCCAAGCUUUCAGUCCAAUAAAUGCACUGUAUGUCCCCCAAACCUCAAGCUCAACAAAAAAAGAAAAAAUGGGACAUUUUAACCAAGCACAUAUUGACUAUUUCAUCCAAAUGUGGUAGAUAUCGUAGAAUAAUACUUUUGUUUUUCCCAUCCCGGCCCCUGAUGAUAUGAAAUGAAUUGACUCACCAUUCGUUUCUGUCUCUUGUUUUAAUUUAUCCAUUAUUUCCAGUACCAGUAGUCCCGUUUUUCACUUUCCUUUGUCCGAUAUGGAAAUCUAAAGCAGGGCUCUCCGACCUUUCUAUGCCAUUAAGGUUUGUGUGUAUGUUUCUCUGAACAUGCCCAGAUAGGCCCUGUGAAACCAUGACAACAAUGGAAGUACUGAACUAUGUGAAGAUGAUGCCCAGGGAUAAGGGCAUUAUCACUUUUUUCUGAAAUUAAGUAAUUACAUUAUUUUGUUACCAUUGAUCUCCAUGUCUAAUUCUGUCAUCAUGUAAUUGGUCAAUAGUUGCUAAGGGAUUUCACAAGGUCCCAUGACCUGCCCACACUUCCAUCUCUCAUGCCUGCAAACUGAAACGGCAUUAUCAAAGUAUUGAUUGACAAGGUGUUGGAGUGUAAUUCUAUCCCCACACAAUGGUCUCUAUUGAAGUUGGGACUAGAUUGGUGAAUUGAUUAGGCUGCGAUGCCAUUCAACCCCUGUUGCAUUGCAGCACACUCUUAGAACCAUUGUGAGAUGUAAAACACUCCCUCACCUAAUUUGAGCUGAUUUCACCUUUUUCUAUUACUGUAUAUACCCUACUUGGAAAACAAAUUAUAUUUCCCAUUGCUUAAGUUGUGUUUGGGUUUGUUGAUCAGUGUGUCUGCCUGUAUCAGCAGACCUAAACAACAUACAGUAUGUACAUGUAUAUCCCCCUGUAACAGAGGCGAACGCAGGGGUGGGCAAUAUUUUUUGCUCAAGGGCCACAUCGGGAUUUCAAAAUUCAGUGGAGGGCCACGCAGAUUUUUUUCCGGACCGAUUUGUUUGUCAAAAGCAAUAUGCGGGCCAGAAAAAGGGCAGUUAUUUGAAAACGUAUAGGUCCAUUAUAAUUUCUACAUACUUUCUAUCUAGUUUUAGAUGCUCAAUAAGCACCCCCCCCCCCCCCACACACACACACACACACACUUAAUGUUUUACUCAAACCUCCCGCGGGCUGGAUUGAAUGGGCUCGCUGGCCGGUUCGCUGGCUGUAGUUUGCCCACCCCUGAGCUAACGUCUACCACGCUUGCCACAACAGUCUCUAGGAACAUGAAAGUAUGGAAAGCCCCAUGGUACUGCUUACUGUAGCUUAUCUUGUGAAAUUACAUUUCGCCACCGCUCUAAAUGACUAAGAAGUUACCAUUUGGCAUUCCAUAUGUCUAUUCAGUUCAAUAUGUCUGUCUAUUGAUAAAUAGUAUGACAUGGCAAUGGAUGCAUUAAGAACAUCAAGUCCCAAAUCAGAAUUCCUUCAGUUCCCAACUUCAACGCAAUACAGUAUAGGCACAUUGUCUUACCAUGGAAACGAUUCGUGGUAAGACUGACGUACAGUAAUCAUUUUGUUGAAUUAUCCUGUUUGUCAUCUUUUGUUAAACACAUCCAAUGCAAAUACUUAAAAUAUUUCAUUAUCUCUCUGUUGUUAUUACCGGGCCAUAACCCAUCAAACUAUGUGAAACAGUACUGUAGGUGGCUCUGCUGGACAGUCAUAUGAGUGAUCGAUCAGUAAUCAAUGAGCCAGUGUGUCCUUUCUCUCCUACUCUAGGGGUGCCUGAGAAGGACCCUGCUGAUGUUUUGAACCAGAAGAAGUGCCUGGAGUACCUAGCUGCUCUGAGACACGCCAAGUGGUUCCAGGUAAAGACAAUAUGUACAAUGGCUCACUUCAAAGUAGCCAGAAUCCCGGAUCGUGACGAUGACAGCGAUGGAGUUGGCAAGACGGUACAAACCGAUCUGGGACUCAGGCUAACUCCAAAGUAUUCCAGGCUAGCCUGUCUGUUUAACACUACUGUAACGUGUGUGUGUGUGUGUGGUAUCUACAGGCUCGUGCCAAUGGUCUUCAGUCCUGUGUGAUCAUUAUUAGAGUGUUACGGGAUCUCUGCCAGCGAGUGCCAACCUGGGGCAAGAUGCCAUCCUGGGUGAGGAUGUUCUGUCUCAGUGUUCAGCUUUUCUAAUGAAGCUCAUUGAUGAUAAUUGACGUUUUCCGUUGUGUGAAUUGUCUUACGUGAUGUGUGUGUGUCCUUUCCCUGUGUUCAGGCUAUGGAGCUGCUGGUAGAGAAGGCCAUCAGCAGUGCCACGGGGCCCCUCGGCCCAGGGGAAGCCAUGCGUAGGGUCCUGGAAUGUAUCGCUACAGGCAUCCUACUGCCAGGUGAGGGAGUUGUAGUAUUAGUUAGUAUCAGCUAGUAUUAGUUAGGCAGGGUGGGAUCACCCCACAUCUAUUAGUUAGGUAGGGUGGGAUCACCCUACAUCAAAUUGGUCCCGUGUGGCUCAGUUGGUAGAGCAUGGUGUUUGCAACGCCAGGGUUGUGGGUUCGAUCCACACGGGUGACCAGUACGAAAAUGUAUGCACUCACUACUGUAAGUCGCUCUGGAUAAGAGCGUCUGCUAAAUUACAAAUGUAAGAAAAUGUACUGUAGCUUGGUUUUUUACCCACCUAGAGCACCUUUGUUCUCUAGCGCUUCCCACUGGUCAUUCAGGGUCCAAGCGGUUAAAAGAAAGGGGAAACUUGCAGUUUGCACUGUACAGUGUGCUUUGUCAGCGGUAUACAUAGCUCUGAACAUGAAGUAAGUUGUUCAGAGUGGUGGUAUGUAAGCAGUGAGUGGAACAAUCUAAAUAAUGAGAGAGAGAGAGAGAGAAAAACACACUUGACUGAUUUUGUCUUCCUCUUUCUUCUCUUAGACGGUCCUGGGCUGCUGGACCCCUGUGAGAAACACCAAACCGAUGCUCUAGGGAGCAUGACCAAACAAGCCAGGGAAGACAUUACUGCCAGCGCACAGGUACGAUCACUCUCACCAUGUGAUUGGUAUAAUCACCUGUAACAUUUGGAGGUCUACCACCUUAGACUGGGAACCUGCGCUGCAUACAGAAGACAUUGAAUAUGAAUUUCAGUAAAGAAAUCAUGGAUAAGGUGUGUGUGUGUAUAUGUAUAUAUAUAUAUAUAUAUAUAUAUAUAUAUAUAUAUAUAUAUAUAUAUAUAUAUAUAUAUAUAUAUAUAUAUAUAUAUAUAUACACACACACACCCUUUAAACCCUCUAUGUUCCUUUGAGAAUGCUCUUUCAAACUCACUGAGAUCUCUUCUAAUAUUGAGUUGCACACUUUUGCCCUCAGAACAGCCUCUAUUCGUCAGGGCAUGGACUCUACAAGGUGUUGAGCGUUCCACAGGGAUGCUGGCCCAUGUUGACUCCAAUGCUUCCCACAGUUGUGUCAAGUUGGCUGGAUGCCCUUUGGGUGGUGGACCAUUCUUGAUACACACGGGAAACUGCUGAGCGUGAAAAACCCAGCAGCGUUGCAGUUCUUGACACAAACCGGUGUGCAUGGCACCUACUACCAUACCCCGUUCAAAGGCACUUACAUUAGUCUUGACCAUUCACCCUCUGAAUGGGGCACACACAAUCCAUGUCUCAAUUGUCUCAAGGCUUAAAAAUCCUUCUUUAACCUGUCUCCUCCCCUUCAUCUACAAUGAUUUUGAAGUGGAUUUAACAAGUGACAUCAAUCAAGGGAUCAUAGCUUUCACCUGGAUUUACCUGUUCAGUCUAUGUCAUGGAAAGAGCAGGUGUUAAGGUUUUGUACACUCAUAUCCAUCUAACUUAAACCCCUAGUUAUUAUGCUAGCUCUGGUUACACUACAUUCGUCUUUGAUUUUCACCCAUUGAUAUGUGUGAGAAUGGAAUGUGUUUGAAGUCCACUGAUCCUCCUCUCGUCUCUCUGGUUCCAGCAUGCUCUGCGACUGCUGGCGUUCCGUCAGAUCCACAAGGUUCUGGGAAUGGACUCCCUGCCGGCGUCCAAGGCCAGCGCUCGGAACCGCAAGCGCAGACGGGACGGGAGCGAGACGGGAGAAGGAGAGGGGGAGGGCAAGAAAGACAAGAAGGAGGAUGCAGAAGAGAUGGAUGCUUGAUCUCUGACAGAGCAGCAUUAGCUUGGAUGACCGUCUGGUUCUGCUUCUAAUGCUGGCAUGAGAAUGAUAGAGUAAAACAGAAACAUAUCGCCACCCAGGCUAGAGCAGGUUAGUAGUCUAUACAGGCAGAAUGUCACAUCCUUUACGUUUCUUUUUAAAUUCUCAAUCUAUAUGAAUAUAACUGACUUAGUCGUAACAUUUCUGUCUCCCCUAGAGGGAAUGGGAGGGGAAAGGUAAAGAUUAUUUACUGUAAUUCUCUCCCAUGCACACUGUACUGUAACGUACUGUAGAUGUACUUCAAAUCGUGCUGAAAAUUGACUCUUCAAAUCGUGCUGAAAAUUGACUUUAACGUCACUGACUGACUGAAGUUUCUAGGAGCUAAUGACUGAUAGCCUGAUCCCAGAUUUUUAUGUGCUUCAUGACAAC